AUGGCCGAAUUACCAGAGAAGAUAGAUGUACACAGCCAUUUUUUGUCAUCGGCCUACCGUGAACAUUGCCGGGUGAAUGGCCACAGCGCCCCUGAUGGCUUCCCAAUGUUGCCAGAAUGGAACAUAGAGAGGCAUCUCGAAAUGGCAGACAAGUUGAAUAUCAACAAGUCUUACUUGUCCGUUUCAUCACCCGGAGUUCACCUUGUACCAAAUGAUGAUGAGCUCGCUCGGAGAAUCGCUCGUGAGUGCAACGUCGUGGCUGCCGACGCGAAGACGCGCUUCCCAGAGAGGUUUGGAUUCUGGGCAUCCCUGCCGUUGCCCGAUGUUGACGGCAGCCUCGAGGAAUUGGCCUACGCAUUUGAUAAGUUGAACGCGGAUGGAGUGGCAGUAGAGACUAAUACUCAUGGCUACUACCUGGGCCAUCGCGACUACGAGCGUGUCUGGGCUGAGCUUAAUCGACGACACGCCCUUGUCUUCAUACACCCGACCUCUCCCUGUGUCCUCGAGCACCGGGAUACAGGUUUAGCGAGCUGUCACAAAGCUGCUCCACUUCCAGAAUUUCCAAACCCUAUCUUCGAGUUUUUCUUCGAUACAGCCAGAGCUGUGAUAAAUCUCUUUUACACGGGAGCAAUAGCGCGCUAUCCUCAGAUCACCUAUAUAAUUCCCCACGCGGGAGGAGCCUUGCCGACAUUGAUAGAGAGGUUCUCACGAUUUGGACGUGCUAUUCCAGGUCUCCCAGUUGACGGUUCCGUCACUCCAGACUUUGUAAGGGAGCGACUGAAGACAAAUUUCUACUUUGAUAUGGCUGGAACUCCAUGGCCUGAUCAGAUUCCGGCGCUUCUUGCCUUCAUUGGCAAAGACCAACUGCUCUAUGGAAGCGAUUACCCCUUCACUCCUGCAGAAUUCGUGGGGGUGCUUGCAGAUACCAUGGAAAAAUGUAUGGCUCGGGUAUUCGAGACUGAAGCAGAGCGAAUGAUGGCCUACAAGGGGAAUGCCGAAAGACUGUUUCUUCAGCAAAGCGUAGCCAGGAAUGCCUCUGCUUCUAACAGAACUUCGAGUAAAGCCACCGAAUCAGGACACUUGUGA